AUGUCGGUACCUUCCCUGGCCGUGGUCCUUCUCGUGGCAGCAGUGGCUUCGGCAUAUCCAGGAUCAAGCCAUGCAGUCUGCAACAGUCAGAGUUCCCUGACUCUCAUCUACCAGAACAAUCUGAACGCCUCGGAUGAUUCAAACCAUGUCAGCGCUAUCAUCUUGGAUCCCAUGCCCGCACGCAACGCGCAGACCGCCUGUGGGGCAAUCAACGAGUCACUCUUGACCCAAGCCACCAUUCAGAAUUACACUACAGACUUCACCGACACGCUGGCGUACCUUGAUUACACAUACGGGACUGGACCGGCCUACUUGGUCGACAAUGCCGUCGUUACAUUGCAAGACCAGAGUCUCUCAUAUGCCGCUAGCAAUUCGGCUCAACGAAACCUCCCAGUCCUUUGUACUCAGUCUGACCGAGAAACUCAGCCACCGAAUUCGACUGCUAGCGCAUCAAACCUUGUGACAGUAGCCGCCGCUGGGAACACCUACAUAGGCUACCAUAACCAGAAGUCAUUCCGGUUUGCCGGUAUUCGUUACGCAAACACACCCGAGCGAUUUGAGUAUUCCAAGGUCUAUUCCGGUACCGGUGAGACCAUUAAUGCCACCGCAUACGGCUCGCAAUGCUUGCAAGGCGGCGGAGGAAGCGAGGAUUGUCUAUUUCUGAAUAUCCAGACACCGUACAUUCCGAAGGCCGGAUCAAGCAAUAACCUUAGACCGGUAUACUUCUGGAUCCAUGGCGGAGGCUUCACCGGUGGCACCGGUGCUGAUCCGGGCACUGAUGGCGGCAAUUUGGCUUCCAGAGAGGAUAUCGUGGUUGUAACCAUCAAUUAUCGCCUUUCCACGCUCGGUUUCCUUGCCAUCCCAGAUUCUCCCAUCAAAGGCAACUAUGGUAUCGGCGACCAGAUCAAUGCUCUGAAGUGGACUGUAGCCAACAUCGCCAAGUUUGGCGGUGAUCCCAAGAGAAUCACCAUCGCUGGCAGCUCUGCCGGCGCAGGCUCUGUGCGCACCUUGCUGGGAAGUCCCCCCGCCAUUGGCCUCUUUCAAGGCGCACAAGCUGAUUCCAACCUGGGUGGCGGCGUCGAUCUCGGGCUUGACGGCAACUACGGAACCACCUACUCAUCCUACCUCACAAUCAACGAGUCCUAUACCCGCGGAGGGUUCCCAGUCCUCAACGCGACCAAUUGCACCUCCGGCAGCACCACCCAACAAAUCGCAUGCCUCCGCACCGCCAACGCAACCACUCUCAUCUCCGGCAACGACAUCCCCCGCUACGUCGUGCAAGACGGCACCAUCGUCACCACCCCCAAACUCGACGUCACCGCCCGCAACGGCACCUCCGCAUACGUGCCCAUCAUGUUCGGCGUCGCCGCCAACGACGGCGCCUCCUUCUCCACCCUCUCCCCCACCCCCGUCGCCAACCUCUCCGAAGGCCUGCAAACCGGCCUCUCCAUCAACGCCAGCGCCGCCGACGCCAUCAUCGCCUCCGGCCUCUUCCCCUUUUACUCGUCCGGAAACCUCACCCUCGACGCCUUCAACGUCACCCAACGCGUCGCCACCGACAACACCUUCCGCUGCAUCGACCAGGCCACCGUCUACGCCGGCGCCGUCACCCACACCUUCCCCGCCACCUACUACUACCAGUUCGAGCGCAGCAUCGACGGCUACAACCCCAACAACCUCUCCCCGGAGCUGAUUCAGGGCCCGCGCUCCCCCAACUAUCCCAACGGAAACCCGCACGCCCCCUACUUCAAGUUGCACGGCAGCACGGGCGACUGGAUCUUUGGCAAUUUCUACGGCCGGCCCUUGCGCGACGAGACGGAUCUGUGGAGCUUGCAGUUGACGAGUGGGUAUUUUGCCGAGUUUGUGAGGAGUGGGCAGCCGAAUAUGAGGGAGGAAGCGUUGCGGGUGAGGGGCGCGGCGUAUGCGAAGACGCUGGAGGCGGUGAGGACGCAGGGCUCAUGGGGAGCUGUGCAGGGGGAGGCAGGGCCGGUGAGGUUUCUGGACUGGCCGGCCAGGUCGGGCGGGUUUGUGGAUGUGGAGCAGUGUAGGUGGUUGAACUAUAGUUUGAGUUAUUAUGUUGAUGGGGGGAGCUGA